GUUAGAAAAAUAAAUCUACUACUACUUUUGACUUUUGCUUCGAUCAACAUUAAUUGUUGUUUUGAAGAUAGUUUGCUAAAAUCCUACGAUCACUUACCUACUCAGUGUUUAUUCUUUGUUCAUAACAAUAAGAAUAAAAACGUUGUUUAAAUAAGUUUCUUCAAUAGAAUACUAUUUUUUAAUUUUAUAAAUGGCAGAUGAGGAGUACGAAGCCGAUGAUGGUGGUGCAGAUUAUGACGACAUUGCAGAAGAAGAUGAUAACAUUGAAGAAACAGAAGAACAGGAAGAAGAUGGCUAUAAUGUGCAAUGUCUGGCUUUGGGACAGGCUGGCGGUGGAGUUGACAAAUCUAAACGUAUAACUACUCGGUACAUGACCAAAUAUGAGCGCGCGAGAGUUUUAGGAACCAGAGCUUUGCAAAUAGCAAUGUGUGCUCCUGUCAUGGUGGAACUUGAAGGAGAAACUGAUCCAUUACAAAUAGCCAUGAAAGAGUUGAAGCAUGGUAAAAUUCCCAUCAUAAUUCGAAGAUAUUUACCGGAUCAUUCAUAUGAAGACUGGAGCAUAGAUGAACUCAUAAUCAUAGAUCAAUAAAAUUAAUUAUAAAAUAUGUUUACAUUAAGAAAUCUUUCUAACUUUUAUAAAUUAUUUUACAUUUCAAAUUUGAAUUCAAUCUCAUCAUCAUAAAAGUAAAUUAGGUAUUGAAACUCAAAUAUUUACUGUUGAUUGAGAGAUUGAAUUUUUUAAAUAAAUAAAA